AUGGAAGUUGAACAACUUGAUAGACAUAAUGAUGAGACACAACCGGCCGUUUAUACUCCAGCAGAUGCUGAGAUCACGAAGAAGUUAAAUCCCACAGAAGGAUUUGGGACUGGUGUUGUUCAUCCAAAUAGGACGACAGACACCGAGAUGGGGCAGCAAGAACAGGACGGAUACCUCCACGGCCUACCCCUGGUGCUCAUGACACUCUCACUGAUGGUUGGCGUAUUAAUGAUUUCUCUCGACAACAGUAUAAUUGCUACCGCCAUCCCCAAAAUCACUAGCAAGUUCGAUAGUUUGGGUGAUGUCUCCUGGUAUGCAACAGCCUACCUUCUCACGCAACUGUCCUUCCAACCGACAUUUGGCAAGAUCUAUACCUUCUUCAAUCUCAAGUGGGUGUAUCUGGCGUCUUCGAUAAUCUUCGAAGGGGGAUCGGUGCUCUGUGCCGCAGCGCCCAGUUCGCCAGCAUUCAUUGUUGGAAGGGCUAUUGCAGGGCUCGGUGCCGCGGGAAUAUUCUGCGGUUCUAUGAUCAUCAUAUCUCGAAUUGUUGAGGUAAGAAAACGACCACUACUUUUGGCUAUUGUCUCGAGCAUGUAUGGUAUAUCUUCGGUCAUAGGGCCUUCGCUUGGUGGUGUUUUUACGCAUUCCGAACAACUCACAUGGAGAUUCUGUUUUUGGAUUAACUUGCCCUUGGGUGCCCUGAUGGCUCUUAUCAUCUGCCUUUACUACCCGUUGUCGCUUGGCGAAGCUCCAGAUGGUAAUCACACCCUCAGGGAAAAGAUCCUCGGCUUGGGACUCAAAAGCGCAGUCAUCCUUGCGGGGGCUCUUGUAUGUCUGUUCUUGGCUCUGCAAUGGGGUGGUGCGGUAUACCCUUGGUCCGACUCGCGAGUGUGGGGUUGUCUUCUAGGCUUUGGCCUGCUUUUAAUCGGGUUUGUGAUCAUACAGAUACGACAGAAGGAGAAAGCUUUGAUCCGCCCUCAAAUCAUCUCCCAGAGAUCCGUUCUUCUUGGAUGCAUCUUUUCGGCACUGUAUCAAGGAGCCAUGACAACCCAGGCUUACCAUUUACCUUUUUACUUCCAGGCUGUCAAAGGCGUGGACCCCCAAACAUCAGGAGUUGAUAUUCUUCCCCACGGAGUCACUGCCACGAUUGCUACUCUCAUCGUCGGUUCCGUCGUUACGUGGCUAGGGUACUACGUCCCAUUUAUGUGGGUUGGCUCGGCCGUGUUUACGACCGGUGCAGGUCUACUGCACACCCUAAAUUGGGAAACACCAAUGGCCGAAUGGUUUGGCUACGAGGUUCUUGCCGGAGCAGGUUUUGGAAUGGCCAUUCAGAUACCAAUCUUCGCCGUGCAGGUGGUGUUGGGUGCCGCCGACAUUCCACUGGGAACCGUGCUAGUCAUCCUAUCUCAAGCCCUAGGCGGUUCAAUCGGACUCUCGAUAUCUCAGAAGGUUUUCCAAAAUUCACUUCAUCAAAGACUGAAUGAAAUAGCUGGGAUCGACGUCAAAGUUGUAAUUGCCGCCGGGGGAACGGACUUAGAGUCGAUUGUCUCGGCCGAGUCUCUUUCCGACGUCAGAGAUGCAUUUAGGUAUGGUGUCUCGAAUACAUUUCUUGUGUCGACGUCGCUCGGAGGGGUGGCUUUCUUGGCAAGUAUCUGGAUGGAGCGAAAGAAGAUCAAGUCUGAAAAGAAGGUGAGUUAG